AUGUUAUACGAAAUUCUAGAUAUGACAUCAUCCUACAUUCAAUACCUUUUAUUACUUUUCACGAUGGCGCCUGACGCGCUGAGUGAAUUGCGUCAUAGUAUCGAAGUCACAAUCAAUUACUUUGAGAUGUCUUACUUCAAUCAUCUGAAUGAAAAUCAACGUUACAACAAACAGUUAUUAGGAAUUGAUCUUCCCCUUUGGCUGCCGUUGAAUGCAAGUUUACAAUUCGCCACCCUCUGCAUCAUUACCCCGCUCGUUUUAUCCCUAAUUACUGUCUUGGUUUUGGAAACCAAGCUUGUUUUUAUUUGGUUUGUCACCAUGCUAGCCUCACUUUUUUGCUUUACCUUUGGGGUGCUUUUAUGGGCAAACACGAAGACCCUUAACAUAUGGAAUGAAAAGUAUAUUACGGAAAUUGAUGAAACUAUUAAAGGAAACCCAAAAAAGGGCGGAGGAAGUUAUUCAGCCUCAAAAGGUGUCAAUUCGAUCGAUCCAGCAAUUUCGAUAAGGGUUUGGAUGGCGUGUGCGGGGGCUUUUAUAAGUCUGAUGUUGUUUAUGAUGAUAUGGCCGUUCCGCCGGGCGCACAAACGAAGUAAAGCGAAGAUUCGAGAUAAACUUCGUCAGUUCGAGAGAGAAGAAAAAGAAAAGAAAACUAAGAAAGCCUUGAAAGAGAAAAAAGCUUCCUCACAAAGGCGUUCAACCUUAAAAAUAACUUCCGAUGAAAAGGAUAUAGCCACCCUGCGGAAAGAGGAGGGAGUAAGGGAGGAGUCCUGGAUGACAACUAAGGCCCUUGCGGAGCAUCGUCUGGAGAAAUGGCAAAGCAAUAAAAUUUUAGCGCGUAUAAAUCACACUGAUAUCUUAGUUCAAAUGAUUUUUUCAUGCGUACUAUUUAUUUUUGGAUUAAUCGCCGUAAAUGUCAUUCCACUGUUUCGCAAGGAGGGGAAAAUCUAUCAAGUCCAAACGAGCAUGGUUUUGAGAGUUGUCGGGGCAAUCUUUCUUGUUAUAGCGUGUUUAUCGAUGUUGUGGGGUCUUCUUGGAUUUUUCCGAGGGGGCCGCUCCCUGCAGCUCAUUCUCAGGGAAUACACAUUGAUGAUUUUGCUUAAAUUAACCAUGCUCGCGGCCUCUCUUUUAUACACGGUUGUCGCCACUAAUUUAGUUUCCAUGCUCAGUUGCCAUGAUGUGGUUUGUGGGACCGGGAUGCGACUGGCAAACGGGCGCACGCACUUUCCGUAUUAUUUCAAUUCCACUGUUUUCUCACCGUCAGUGGCCACUGCGAGGGUGAACUUGAACAAGGAUCCGGUGCAUAAUCUAUCAACAGGCUGUAUUGUGUGCAAUGCGGACGAGUUUAAGCAGAACUGCUCGCCGCUCUGGAUUGCGCAGAUUUGCAACGCCAGCAUGCAGGAAUCCCGCAUCACCAAAGAUGCCCGUGUGUCCUGCAACUCCAAGCGAGGUCUUUCCCUUUCCAGCGAGGUGUGUAUUUCCAUCCUUUAUCUUCUCUUUUUGCCCAUUUUUCAGUACAUCAUCUCGCGUUACGCGAUCCGGCUUGUGACACAGGACUUUCCCAUUGAGCAGCGCUUGGUCGACAUCCUCUCAGACAAGGAGCUCGUUAUGGAGAAGUUGCACACCUGUGACAAUGAGGCUAUGUUCCUGUACCGGGCGUACAAACCGGAGUUCUGUUACUUUAAGAUCUCCCUUCUCUUCCAGCGGGUUCUGCUGGCCGUCAUCAGCACCGUGAUCUCCUACGAUCCGAAGUCGUCACACCAACGGAUCGGGAUUUUACUAUUUUUUACCAUUUCACUGACGAUGGCGGGGGUCCUGAUCACCCUUCGUCCCUUUUCCUUCCCUACAGAGGCCAUUUACUUCCCUACCAUUCAGAUCAUGGUUACUGUCGCGAGUGGGGUGUUGUUAAUCGUGCACACUCAUGGUAAGAUGACGACAUGGGUUUCCAGCCUCCUGAUCGUGAUGCUCGUGGGGGUACCGACGGUUGCGUUUGUCAUUGGUGCAAUUCUCGACCUCCGCGGCGAGCGCGGGCGGCAUGACCGGCUGCUCGAGCGCCUGAAACGGCGCUUCAUCAUCGCCCAGCGGUUUCCUGGAUGGAUGAGGAAUGAAUUGUUUCGUCGGAAGGACACAAGUCGGUGGUGGGAUCGACAGAGGAGGGCUUCUAGGGACGCGCUCGCGGGAACAACCCCAACUCCCGCGACGAGCUCCCACGCUCGAGCGCGAAGGUUGUCGGUAGCUAUUCCCGUCAUCCACUUUACUCCCUGCGAGAUGGAUAAUAAACCUUCCGACACCGUGACCCAUGGAGCUUUGGGAGGCGAUUCUGUGAACGAAUAUCUGUCGAACCCCAACUUUGAAUUGACUACUUCAGAUAAUGUGAAGCGCAUGAAGAUGAAAAGCGACGAGUUAAACACUCUUAGCAACUCUGCAAGCCUCGUUUCGGUAUCUAAAGUUGUCUUACCGGAACUGGCAGCACCCUGCCCAGAAUACGACCUCUGUUCGCGCCUAUUUACGCCAAGUUUGUAUUUUAUUCAGCCCCUUCGGCAGUUUUAUGGGCAAGAGCAACGGGGAUUACAGAGAGACCUAUCAAGGGAAUUGUCAACGGGCUCCAGUCUGCUGUCCGACUCUGCCACGGAGGAGAACCUAACGAAUUUGUUUGGGAUGAUGUCAAUGGAAUACCAAUCAGAGGCGCGGCAUAACAACGGAGGAAGGGAUAACCCUAUGAAGCUGGGGGCUCCCUUAAAAAUGGUGGAACGAGAUGAGGACAUUCGAGGUGGGAAUAUAGGUACAACUAUAAUCAACUAUGCGAGGCGUUUGAAGUCGAAUCUGGUUGGUUCCUUUCGAGCCUUAUUUGGUAAAGUUGGCCACUAUGAGGUGAAUAAGCAAGGACCUGAGGGCACCUGCUCAGGAAAUUUACCUCACACAAGAAGUCUAAACGCAAGCACUAUGUGCGUCACCAUUGGUCGUAUGAUAACAUGCAGACCCAGUGGUGUAUUACAGAAAACAUAUUUUGCGUAUUUAAAGUUUCAGCGCAUCCUGCACAGCAAGCAGUUUCUAUUUCGGGAUUCCAAAGGAGAGCAGGUCUAUAAGCGCUACUGUCAGCUCCACACACAGCUGUUACACUCGUUGGAUAAAGUUGUUCUCAGUCACACCGAAAUCAUGGAGCUACGGCGUUUGUACGAUUUGAGUAUGGCAGAGGCAUUUCAAAAGGGAUCGAUGGUAAAUAAUUCCAUAUUUAUGAGCAUUUUUAGACCUUUUAAAUGCACCCAAAAGAACCCUGUGUUAGAUGAACCGUACUCCUUUUAUUUGACGAAUAACGUGGGCUGCGCAAUGUGUUUCCCGGGCAAUAUUUCCGUGCACGACAUAUACCUCUUCUCAAAAAAGCAUACCAUUUUCAAUCCCAACAACUUUAUAGAGACCGUUCCAGAUGAGAUAUCAUGCUUUAGUGCCAACCAAACGAAGGACCUUAGUUUUUCUGCGGAUUCUCUCGGUUGCUGCGACGCGUCUAGCUCCAUCUUCAACAAAAAAGUCAACUUUAAUGCCUCCUGUAAUGGAAACCUAUCCGCACAGAGGAUGUUUUCUGCCAUCCGCGCCAUUCUCCAAAAACAGCGGAGGAGUGAAGCCUCCCUACCAUUGAAGGAAUCAUGCACGCCGUUUGUGGGGUCCUCAAUCCCCUCAUCUGCUCAGAACAAUACGAACGUGAUAAAGCAGCUCUCUCAGCAUCAGCUUGUUGAUCCGAGAUCGAAAAGUAUGUCGCGAAACAUGCCCAUCGCCGCGCCAGUUUCGCUCUCCCGGCCGAUUUUUGAGCAUCCAAAAGAGAUAAAAAGCGUAUCAUCAGUGCGAACUAUUUCCCCAUCCAAAGUCGACGACGCCGCGCGAUCAAAAUGGCUCCACAAGGCGGUUAGCCGUCUGGACGAAAUGCGCUCUCACGCUCUUAAGCAUUCCGGCGUUCGAUUUCAUCCGACACCGGCGGACAACGUAUCGGACUCCGACAAUAAGGUUUACUGGGAGAACUUCGCUUCGUGGAGUGGGGAGGUAGAGAGUCUAUCGUUCUGCGACUAUGAAUGUCCAAAGGAGGCACAGACGCCGGCGGAUUUAUCUUCGACAAUGCUGUCGUCCUGCGAGGACCUCCCUAACCCCUAUCAGAACCUCUAUCAGAACUUCUUACACACCUAUGAGGUGGAGCUUCUCGCAGUGCUCAAAGAACGUCAGCGUGGUACGAAACCCGAUCGUGAGGUUGCGAGGGUGAUGCAGUCAUCGCCUCACCUCUUCUUCCAGCUCCAGACGCACGAUUCCGAGCACCGAGGGUUAAAGUCAACAUCCAUGAGCGUCAAAUCAGACGACACCGUGAACCUCCAGAAGCGGCUGUGUACGAUUCCGAUGAAAAUCAAAAGCCAUGCCGCACAUGCGCCGAGCAGGGAUGACGCGGAAAACUGCGCGAUGCGUCUCCGUUGCCAUUACAUUCAACGCCAGGUCAGCCGCACCGCGUUCUUCAAACAAAACGAGCAUCUCCUCCAGGUUCAGAAUACCAUCAACAAGAAAACCGACGCGGCUGUGGGCUACGUGUUCAGCCGUUUUUUUAUGAUCCUCGGCAUCUGCGCGACGAUCACGCUCGCACUCACGAUUGGUGGGAUGAUUUACGAGGUCGACACCCACUACCUCGACGGCACGCGCGAACCGGGUGAGGCGUUGGUCUACGCCCUUGCCGGGUACUCCUCCUGGGAGACCUUUACGGAGAACUGUCUUUGCACCGCGACCUCCAACGCUACCACGGCCUUCCCUUUCUACAUCACCGACGCGGAGGAGUGGAUUUGCAGGAAUGGGAUGACCAAGGAGCGGGUCCGCCGCAGUGGGGCCGUGGGCAUGGAUGAGGAUGGGGAGCUCCACGACGGCUACCGCGUUCGCCCCCUGUGCGGGAUGACCUUCCUGGCGGGAUGCCGUCUCGAGGUCCAGACCCCGACUAACGGCGCUGGGGCUGUCGUGCGUCUUGUGGGAUGCCCGGAGGACUUUCAUCCGGCGGAGAUUCAACGAUGGUGA